AUUUGAAACUACAGGAACAUUUUGAAGAGAAUCUAACAACACUGGCGAAGGGAGUUCAUCUCAUUUUUUUUCCUUAGUAUUACUGCACGAUUGUGGCUCUUGAAGAUUGGUUUUCACAAGCUCAAGAUGUCGCUGGAUGUGACAGCUUGUCUCAAAGCUCUUUCAAGCGCGUUUUGUCAAUACAGAAAUCACAACACUGAUCAUAACACGAAGGAUCUUGAACGACAAAUCGAUGUAAGUUGCAGAUUGGAAUCUUGUUAGUUCAUGAAAUUGGAGUGAAAAUGAGAAGCAUUGAAAUAAGCAGUGGAUGAUUGUCUUCUGGGAAAAUCGGUUCUUCGGCGUUGUUUUAGUGGUCUAGCUGUAUAUACAUGACAAUCUUUAGAAAUUCGACAGUUUUGUUACGAUACUGAUCUCCAGGUUUUAAAAGUUUCUUUUAAGAGCUUCUCAGCAUACAUGCAUAGAGUCAUAGUCGUGAUUAAACAAUAAAACAGUUUGGGUUGGGUGUUUGGGUGAUCUGUUAUUAUCUGGGGCCAAGGAACCAUAUUGGAUAAGAUAGCCUUCAAUUUGUGGUAAAAAAUUGAAAAGAAGACAAAUAAGCGAAUAUUUUAAAGUUUAUGCCAGGCGUAAUUUCAGCUGAUCUUUAUCUCUAACUUUAACCCUUUUUAAAGGGUUAAAACUCCUUUGAAUGACAAGUAUCUAAUUUCUCCUUACAAUAUCACCCCUGAAUCAAACACUAAGGUCACAAGAACAACGGAAAUUGAUUUCUAAACAAAUUCUCCUCGUCAGCACCUUAAGAAUGUAUAGAGAACAGUUUGUAGGAUGUGCAUACUGAUGUUAGGGUGUGAAGGGUUACGUGUUAAAUGUAUACUAGUGGCUAACUGCAGAUACAUUAAGCUGACUAGGUGUAAAUUACUGUUAAAAAAUUCUACAGUUGGAUUCUUAUCCCACAUUGCACUCAUGCAGCUGGAUAAAAAAUGUGAGAAAUCCUGUUUUAGAUGUUUGUACUUUUUGCCAAUUGACUCAAAUUUCUAUUUGUGUUUCUUUUUUAUAUCAGGUUUUAAUUGGAAUCACCUCAGCUGGGAAACCUCUUCGUGGAUUUAAUGCCAAAGAGCUUCUUCCUGCAGAAUGUCUCUCUUCACUGGUGGGUCUAUUGAGUGAAAGCAGUGUGAAACCAAGUCUACAUACCAAGGCUAUGGCAUUAUUGUUUAAUCUUGGUAAGUGAUUUCAAAGGGGGAGCUUCACAAUUUCAGCACAAGCACAUGUAAAAGCUUAAAAUCCAUGUAGUAUUUGUUGACCAGUUAUCUUCUUUUUAUUUGUAAGCUAACGAGGUAUGAGUUCAGAACUUGUGCAUGCUUGUGCUUAAAUUUUAGAGCUACAGCACAUAUCUGGCUUGAAGUAUGUUAUUGUUAUUCAAUUUAUAUAUAUAUAUUAUUUUUGUGGAGAAAUCCACUGAAAUCUUUGAAGGGUUUAGGGCAUUGGUCCUGUUGAAUCACAAAUUCACUGAACAUGUACAUUGUAAACUACAUUCACUGAUUCCUAGAGUAUCAAUAAAAGGGGAUUUCAUUGGAAAGGUCUAUUUUGGUAGUGCAUUAUACAGUCUUAAUUUGCAAACCAAAUGUAGCCUUUGUGAAACUAAACAUAAAAUGUCCUACAACUUUUUGUUUUAAAAGCCAUAGGGUCAAAUAAGAUGUUGAAUGAAAUAAGUAUCAGAACAUUAGAGACGUGAGUUUAAUCUGGAAGUCAUGAAUUCAAAGUAUUAGUUUGCAUUGCAACUAGCUGAUAACUUCCCAUCUUACUCAAUCAGCAAAUGAUAGAAGCACAAGAGAAACUCUUCAUUCCACAUAUCACCUGACCUCUACAUUAGCAGCUCUACUUCAUAAACAUCACCUAGCAUCAAAUGGCAAAAUGAUUUUACAGGUACCCUUCAUGUUUACUUUCUCAAAGUUGGGGUUAGUUUAUCUUAUUACUAUUAUCUUAGUGUAUGCAUUUAAUGAGUUUUAGUGGACUGAUUUUAAUGUAUGUGAUUAAAUUUUACAUGCAUUUCACAAUCACUUGCAUGCAUUUUUACCAUAUCCAUUUAUGCUUAAGUUGCAUACAAUGUGCAUGUUCUGCUUGUGUACAAUAUGGGAGUUUCACUUGCUUGUAUGUGAUUGCAUGUUAUUUACAUGCAUAUCACAAUCAUGCAUUUGUGUAUAGUUACACUGUGCAUGUUUUGCUGCAUUUACAUGCAUGUCAUGAUUACUUGCAUGCAUUUUCUACCAUAUGCAUUUGUACAUAGUUAGACAUAUUGUGCAUGUUUUGCCUGUGUAAAAUGUGGGAAUUGCAUGUAUGUAUCACAAGCAUGAAAUGCUGCAAUUCAUAUGAGAGGUGCUGUAUGUUACCCUGGCAGUUUUGUCUCGUCUGCAAAGGAAUCUUAUUGGGCAGAGGUUUGCUAAAGACAGAUCUUUUUGAUAAUUUGGAAUUUAGAGAUGUAGCCAUUCUAGUGUAGGAAAAAUUCUGUGAAUUCAGUGGUACAAUCAUGUACAAAUAUUUACCAUUUCUGUUGUUUUAAAUUCAAAGUGUCUGCAACUUCUGGAAAGAGUCACAUAUGGCUGUAAAUUCACUACACCAAGUGGAUACAUUGGUGAACUGAUCAGAUAUCUAGUGAAUAACAUGUAGGUACAUGUGGAUUUCUAUUAUGUUUAACUGAAUAUAAAUUGAAAAUAUUAUGUACAGCAUGAUGAAUUAAAGCAUCUAUUGCUGUUAAAUAUGAUGACAAUGCUGCUGUCAUAAAAUUACUGUGGCUGAUAAUAGUAUUAUGUUGAUGAAACAUUUGGGAAGUUUAAUAAGCAAAGUUUAUUAUUUGUCAUGAUUGUUAUUAAGAGAAGAGAAGAGGAAGGAGAAAACAGUUCAAGGGAAACAUAAAAAUGAUAGUUUGGGCAUUGAAGGAAGCAGCAAGCAUUUGUUGUGGUAUUAAUGUAAUUGAACAAAGAUUGCAGAACUUUGUCUGAGUUGUUAUAAUUUUUGUUCACUUAAAUUAUGCUAGUUGCUGUCUGUCUUUAGAACUGUUGCUCCAGCUGUGUGUUUGUUCAUCUUUCAGUUUGUCUGUCCAUCUGUCUAUCUGUUAUAAAAUAAGUAUAGAAUUCUACUUUAUUCAUGAUAAUCUUAAUCUUUUCUACCUUUUCACUCAACGUAGACAGAUGCAAGAGUCAGACCUUACUAUACCAUGUUUAGGUCUGUUGGCAAACUUAUGCCGACAUAAUCUGCCAAUCCAAGCCCAUGUCAAGGCACUGGUGAGCAAAGUUAUCCCUUUCAAGUCUAAUUUUCAUUUUCAUGUGUAAUAAUUGCAUAUAUUUACAGAACAGUUUGUAUAUGAAACUCUGCAAUAUUUUGCACUGUACUUUCUUUUCAAGAUUGUAAUUACCUAGCCAUCUGAUACUCAAAAAUAAAGUUUUCAGAUUUGAUUAUUGCUCAGCAUUAAAGCUACUUGUGAGUUUAACUUGCAUAUCAUUUAUAAUAACAAUAAAGUUUACCUACAAACUCAGAAAUUUAUGAACAUUUUGGUUUGAUUCUGACAGGUCAAUUUCUAUUAACCAAAAUGACCAAUAAAAAUAAUCAUGGCAAAUACGCAAGCAACUUUCUUAACCUCAGCUUGAUACCUAUUGCUGUUUGGGUUUAAAUUUUCUGAACACCUGGUUGUUUUGUCCCUAAAACACAAUCACAUGCUCUGAAUAUUUUUGGUAUUCUCAAAUUUUUUGAGUCUUGUGGUAACUUUGAAACACUGAUUUGGUUUACUGAUCCAGAGGCUACUUUUGUUAUUGCAGGAGAACAUAAAAUCACUCUACCGGACUCUAAUAGCCUUUCUGUCUCAUAGUAACCUGACAGUAAUUGUGUUUGCAUUAUCCAUUUUAACAAGCUUAUCACUUCAUGAGCAGCUAGGAGAGAAGGUAAAUCUCUUGUGUAGAUAAAAUUAAGCUUAAUAUUUAACUUUUAGAUCAUUUUGAAACUGAAAGCAUUGUACCCUAAUGAAUUGAGGACUGCUAAAUCCAAUCUCAUUUGUCAAUAGGUUUGAAAAAGUGAGAAUUCAUAAACAGUGUGUUGGCAUUAGUAGACUUUUUCCAUGUUUACAUUGCCACAUCUCAACUAGCUGGGGGCAGAAGGGAGGGGUGUUAAAGAUCUCAAUUAAAAGCUUCAAAAUUCUGUCUUAAAUCCUACUGACCAACCCCCCAUGUUUAGGUGAGAUUAUUUAAUCAGAGAUGUCACUGAAGAUCUAUUUAUUAAAUACAGUUUCUUCUUACUAUGUAGUAGUUUAAGUACCACCAUGAUCAUUCACUUUUCUUUAUAUCAACUAGCUGUUCAAUUCCAAGAAUAUUCACCAGACCUUUCAGCUGGUUUUCACAUUUUUGAUAAAUGGUGAGGGCUCAACAACAAGACGUUCCUCAGUGGAUCUGUUUGUUGAUUUACUUGCCAGCCCUAAAAUUCAGCAAUCUCUCCUCAUGUAAGUUCAUCUAAUGUAUGGAUCCUUAAUUUGUUUAAAGGUUCAUCAUAGUGAAACAUAAGGUUUGCAAAGCUGUCUAUAGGAGCUGGUAGCUGGCCAAAACCUCUGCCUAUUGUGCUACCUUUAGCCAGCUUUGCUUCUUUUAUUUCAUUUUAACAUUGCUGCCAAUAAAAUUGAACAAUUAUCAAAAUACCAUGGGGAUUGAAGAAAUUUCUACAGCAGCUAUUUCCCAGUUUUAAGCAAAAUUGCAGAAUGCAUGAUUUUGUAGUGAUAAGAAAGUGUAAAUCAGUUCCAUGUUUAUUUCAAAUUCUCUGGAAGGUGCAUGGGAUCUUCAUGGACUCUUGGGAUAUUUUAACUGGAUAGUGCCAAGUCUUUUGCAUAAUCCAACAAAACAACAUGGCUCAACAUUCUCAUUUGCUGUCUACCUUCAAACUUAUUGACAGCCCUGAUUUAUUUCUUCAUAAUCACUAACUCUAUUGCAGUUGGCUUAAUUGAGGACUUGAUGAAGCCCAUUGCCACUCAGAGGGCCUUCUCAAGACUUUUAGUACCAUCUGUUCAUAUGUUAUAAACAAUACGAUUUUUAUGGCCCUUUUAGACAACAGGCUUCAUUCCCACCUUAAGCAACUUGUUAUGAAAAAGGUUUUUUUGAAACCCCUUGCAAAUAUGUGCACUAUUCAUUGUAACUCCUGGAAAGUGCAUACAGUUUUAACCUGUAAAAGGACACAUUGGUAUACUAUGGAAUGAAAUGUAUGAAUUAAUGUGUAUAAUGAUUCCACAACUUAUUUGGUUUCAGACAUGAACAUUUGGCUUUUUACCUGGAGCAGAUUCUGGCUUUGCUACACUUAAACCAUGCAGAUGAGGCAGUUAAGGUCGUCCAUUUUAGGCAUUAAAAUUAUAAUUGUAGAUAUUUGUAACAAUGUGCUUUUAUUUGCUGUAGAGGUUGUUGUAUGAAUGUGUACAUGUACAUGUAACUAUGUAUCUCAAGAGUGAAUUUAAGGGUGUCUUCUGCUGGCUAAGAGACAACUGAAAUAAAAAUGUUCUCCUCAUGUGCAGCUGAGAGUAUUGAGGGUUCAUAUUGGAAAGAAAAUCCAGGGUAUUAGCACUAUCAUACAGAAAAGUUUAAGGAGGGUAUUCAACAAUUUUAGCUAGGACAUAUUCAGUCCUGUGAUGCAAUGAGACCAAUCAUGCGCAAGUAAAAUAUUCAAUGUAUUAUGAAUGGUAAUAGAAUUAUGUCUUGUCCCAUUUUUCAGAUGUUCUUUGAAUUAUUUUGUAAUUUCGGAGAGUUUUUUGAGGAGCUUGGUUCAGCUUGAUAGAGGUGCUCCCAGAACUUUUAAUUUACCACAUAAUGUUUGCUUAUUUCUUGAAAGGUAUUUGAGCUGCUGUUGACAUUCUGCUCAGUUACUGGUUUACGAUGUCUUGUGUGCAGAGCAUUGUUUUCACCUGCAAGCUCCAAACCAAAGGACCCAAAUGUGAACAGUGCAUAUGAUGUUGUCUUAUACUGGGCCGGUCAGUCAGUUGACACCCACUCAACUGUGUCCCUGAAGGCUCUUGAUUUUAUCAAAGAGAUUUAUGAGGUACAAAAUAGUUGUUACAACUUCUAAAUGCAUCAGAAGGAAAUCUCCACUGCUUGAUGAAGUUAUUGUCAAAAAUGGUUGGAAAUGUUCUGCAAACUUAAAAUUUGUUUGGCAAAAAUGUGUAGUAAGUUUUAAGGGUACGAAAUUAAACAUUGGUAUUAGAUAUUUUUAAACAUGAAUUUUCUGAGUGCAUUAAAUUUUGGUCAAGAAACAUUUCAUGGUUUCAUCUAUUACAGUCCCAUGGGAAAUCUUAGAGCAAAAAUGCCAUGAAGCAAAAAUACUCCUAAAUAAAUAUAAGCAGCAGUAACCAUAUACUGAAUUCUGGGAGUAAAUUUGACUUAUGAAGACUUAUACUUUUGAGUUGUUGUUUUGUUUUGGCGAAUGACUCAUAAAGCUGCAUUUUGGAAAGCUUUUUGAGUGAAAAAAUGCACAAAGAGGCAUUUGAAGCACCUUGUGACUGUUUUACCUGAAGCAUUUAGAGAGUAUUUAAAAAAACUGACUUCAUAGCCAUCAGUUACCUUUUAAUUCAUGAUUAUGUCCAUUUGUUAUCUCUACUUUCCUCUCCAGGAACUUGUUGAUGGUGGUCUUCUGGAUCAGCUCUCUCCUCCCACAUCUGAUCUUGUUUCUGUUCUGACUCAGCUACUUGUACCACCCACGGAAAUUGAUGGCUCCUUACUCAAACAAACAUGUGCACAGAUCAACAAGGCCAUGGAAGUUCUUAAUGAUAUCCUUCUUGAUACUGUUCAGGUUAUUCCAUAUUCACAGUAUGGAAACUAUAUGACAACUGUAUUGCUGUGAGAAUUGUAUUGUAUUUAUGGUUUUUCAUCUCCCAUUUCAAAGAUAUGGGGGAUUAAGUAGUUUCCUGGGUAGUUACUACAUAACUCCUAGUUGAAAGAUGGGAGUGUGAGCUCUGUUAGAGCCAUUGUGUUGUAUUCUUUCCCUAACAAGCAUCAUCUAUGACUGGUUUCUAGCAAACUGUCAGGAAGACUGACAGAAUACUGCUGGGGUGUCUUGUGAUGGACUGUCAUACCGUCUAGCGGGUAGUAGCAAUAUUCCUUGUUGCUUCAAGGUAAAGCAUCGCAGUGCAGAAUCCAAAGGUCUGGGGUUCGAUUCCUCAUAGGGACUUUUUUUUUCUUGGCCCAUUGUUGUGACAUGACGAGUAACUUACUUCUUCAUAUCAUGGUGCACUGUCCACCAGUUGUUACUCCCCUUAACUAUUCAAACUUCUUUGUUUUGAGGAUUCUUUGAAGGGUAUUGUUUUAGGACAUGUAAAGCUCGAGUACUGGUGGAAAUUAUUGGAAUAUCAAUAUCAGCACAACAGUAUUGGAACAAGAAGCACCUUAGCGUUACCUUGGAGGUAUGUUACAAUGUUACAGUGGCAGGAUGUUCUCUGCUAAACAUGAACGGUAAAAUUAUUGCUUGCCAGUGAACACUCGCAAGAGCUGCUGUGUUGUGUUUCGGCAUUGUUAAGAGUCGUUACAUGCACAAUGGCUAAAAGCAGCCAAACUAAACGGUACACCUGUUUGCAAAGCCGUAAAGCAGCACUAACCCUAGUUUAGUUCGCUUAUAGAAUACUAAACAAGUCAUACCAAAAUUCCUUAAUUAUUGCUAAAGAGAAACUUCCUCAUCUUUACUUAGUUAGCCUCUUGUUUUGUUGGAGGAAAAAAAAGGACGUUCCCGAAUGAUUCUUCUUGUUUCGUGAGAAGUUCCCAAGAGAAGCUUUGUACUAAGCAGUGUGUCAAAGCCUAUUGAACCUGACACUUUCCAGAAGCCUGAUUCUAUAUCUGAAGGUGAAUCAUUCUAAAGCAGUGCAUGCGCAAUAUAGCUGUCAAAUGUGCGCCUGCUGAUAGCGUUAUUCAUUGCAGCCAGGAAGGCGUAAACCUUGUGCUUCAGAUGUUAGACUUGCUGUGUAAGCUGAAGAAUGAUAUAACAGGACUCAAGGUACAAGCCUUUCCUUUUGUCAUACCGUAAAUAAUUUAUUUUUCAAACUCAAUUUUGGUUUGUUUACAAGAAAGGCACUUCGAGUUUGUAAAUUAUUUCUUAGGCACGAUAGUUAGAGGAAAAUUUUUUUGCGCUCACUCUGCAGACGGGCUUUAUUUCUCUAUAGGAACAGCUUGCUUCCGCAUUACAAGACCAGAGGUUAGUGCCAUUCUUGGCGCGCGCGAUGAGUAGUGAUUCACGUGACAGCGUUCAAAAAGCUCUCCGGAUUCUGUGCGAUGCUAACAGCCUGCCAGAUUUCCAAGCCAUAUGGUGAGUUCGUUUAAUAUUAAGCAUCCUCUACAAUGCCAUAUCUUUCUAUUGGCGUGAGGAUUCACAAUCAGCUAUAAAAUAUUCGAUGUUCAUUUAUUUCAGGCUAGGUGAUUUGAUCGCCUCAAAUAACGCGGCCCGUGAGGAAGAGAUGACACUUUUAAGACGACCCAUCGAAACAGACUUGAGUCCGCCUUCGUCUCCUCGGCACCAGGUUUCCAUCAACAAUAGCCGCAACUCCACCAGCUUACGUUCAGCAGGCCUGGACCACGCUCCUGUUCAGAUAAGUGCUCCAGUGAAGAAUGCAAAUCGUGAUGCAAACAUCGAGUCGUUGAUUGAGAAGAUGAAAUCAGGACUAGAGGUCUCCUUGCUUGUUUUCUCGUUUUUCUCUUUAACUCUUCUUUGGCACAACAUUGACUCCUGCACCGAACUGCCUCAUGGUAUACACAUAAUACAUAUAUACUUCCUUAGGUUUAGCAUGUUAAUGUUUCGUGAUCCAUGAAAAGGAUGCAGUGGAACUUCUUUUUGGGGAACAACCUUGCGACAAGGGAAAGUGUCUCUUAAACUAAUAUCUGUUCUCAUACAGAGGUUAUAUAUGAGGAGCCAUUUAUCCCGUCAUGAGAAAAGUUUGUGCCUCUGAAAUGGAGAUAUCCAGAAAGGAUGUUCCAGUUUCUCCGUGUGCGCUAUUUGUUUUGUUUUUGAAUGUUUGUUGAAAUUCUCUAUCGUAUUGGCAGCUAUAACAUUCGGGUUUUUCCCUCUGUUAUAACGCUAUCCCGAUACUUCGUCAUUUUUUUGGUAGAUAAAACCGGAUCCUCACGCUUCUGAAAUCAUGGACAUAUACGAGGCAAAAAUGGCCGCCUUCGUGGUUAGUGUGAAAUUCUCGUUUUCAUUCUCAAUCAUAAUUCUUUUUCGGCUUAACUCGUUAGAACAUCAGGUGGAUGAAGUAUGCCUUUCAAUGUUCAUUUUAGACAAAGGAAAGUCAUCUUCAAGAUCUGUUGGAAGCAAAGGCUCUCGCGUUGGCUCAAGCUGAUCGUCUCAUUUCACAGUACCGGUGUCGGAGGGCUCAGUCGGAAGCUGAGGUAUGACGAUGUUCUCAUUCGCUGUAAUAAUCGGUCGCUCUCAAUGUUAAUAAUGGUAUUAGGACCGAGUGGAGUCCAAUUCGGUCUGUAAUCAUACGAGUGAUCAACAAAAUUAGACGACCGCGAAGCGGGUGUGCAAUUUGUUAAUUACAGUUCUGUUUGUAUGAUUACAGAGAGAAUUGAACGACAAGAAGUCCUGUUACCAAUUAAUCAUAACCGUUACAAUUUCCGAAAACAACAAAUACAUUUAGGUCAAAUAUCUCCGGUAGAGACAAUAGAGACAAUGUCUAAAGUAAAAAAUUUCUCCUUUUUGGAAAUUCCUCAAUUUUUUGCUGGAUAAGUGGUUGUUGCUAUGAUUAUUGCGAUUAAUUAUGUGAUUGUUGGAUUUCGCUGAGUGGACUUAGUAUGAUUGGCGACUUCCGAUUACAGCCAACUGUCCAAUUACAGCUGUACUGAAUGAGUAGUGAAAAAUAGGGCAGCUAAUGCACCAAUCACGUUUGAGGAAAUUGUAAUGGUUAUGAUUAAACAAUUAAUCCACGAGCGCGCGUUGGAUAUGAGCUGAUAGAUAUAGCCAAUGAGAUCCGUAGGGAUUCGUUGGCUAUAAUGAUCUCAUAGCCAACAAGCGCGAGUGGAAUAAUUGUUUAAUUAAAAGCGCCUCAAAAUAAAAACAAAUCUUCCUAACUUAUUUUGAAAGAAUUAACGGAAUGUUACAGUGUACCAAAACACUUCCAGUUCAACUCGUCUUCAUGACAUGUCGUAUGUCUAUAAAGAAACGGUCAAGUCCUGCGCGCGCAUGGUAUAAUGGCUCAUAACCCAUGGUGUCUAAGCCAAUAAAACUUCCUGAAUUGCAUUAUCCAAUGAUCCAGUUUUUAAUAAUAGUCGAUAUAAGACCGGUUUUCACGACCCUUCUCGUUUGGCUUCAUCUCUUGUAGUGUGCGAAACUGAUGCAGCUCUUGCAGACGACAGAAAAGAAAGCCGAGCAGCAAGCAGAGCAGGUAAUGCAUGUGUGGUGAGAUAAAGUCUAUAAACUAGAAAAUUAGCUCUCGAGUAAUUAGUAUUAGGGAAACAAGAUGAUUAGUCGAAAAGUAGUGUGCCUUGCCUUUUUUUCUCAACAAAAAAUUAGGAAAUACUCGCAUAUAUUUGCAGAUAAACGAACUUCUUCAGGCUCAGAAGUCGGCGACAAAAGAGGUAUGUUUUUCUGUCCAGAUUUUCUUAUGUCCAACAUUUACAUAUAGUUUGUUUUUCGUCGACGCAAGUCAUUCCUCAAAGGCGCAGUGACAUAAUGCUUUAAGAUGCUUUAUAAAUUCAUAAACAUCACACUUUUCCAAGAGAGAAAAAGUGCGCGCUAUUACAAAUUAGGAAGUGUGAAAGUUGACCUUUUUCCAAAGCUUUCUUUUGGUAUGUUUCUCCUAUUCUCUUUACAAUGACAUUCUUUACCCCAUUUUCAAGCCCGUGAUGAAAUAGCAGUCUAUCCAUGAAUCUUUCGCAAUGUUUUUAACGCUUUUAUGAUCAAUUUAUUUUUUUCGGAUUUCUUUCAGAUGGAAGUCAUGAUGAGACACAAUGAGAACUUGAAAGUGGUCGCAGAGGAGCAUGAGCAACUCAAGAUUGCUUUUGCUGAGCAGUCACAAAGGUUGGUUUAAUGGUUAGUCUUAUGAGCGAAGCCCUGCAUGGUGUGGCAAAAGGUAAGGGUAAGGCCAGGAACAGGAACCUUCGUUAUCUCAGCCCCACUGGUCCGGUGAGAGCCCAAAUAGUCUACGUUUACCCGUCUAUGGUCGUUCAUGUUUAAUUCUUUACUCGUACCAGUAUCAGAAUUAUAACAAUGCGAUGAAAAAUAGCUUCUGCGCUGUACUGUUUGUUGUUGAAAUUGAUAACUAGUGGAAUCACAUGUCAGGGGAUUCUCCUGGGACUUAAAAAAUCGGCCCUUGUAUCGAUGUGUUACUUCCUGUUGGUGUUCCUUGUACGAAGGUGUCGCCAAAAGAGAAAGUCCAUUGCAAUACAGAAAUCAAAUAAGUCAAAUUUAGAUUGUUUUGGCAGUCACAAUCUUAUGAGCGUCUUAAUAUUAUCAAUUCCGCAUUCUUGGCCCUGAUCAAACUGUAUUUUUUUUUUUACCUCUCUACAGACUCGAAACAAGCCAGCGUAGUCUUAUGGCGGCUCAAGACGAACACAAAGCGCUGUCUGACUUAAACGAGAUGUUGAGGCGACACAACGAUAAUCUUAAGAGUCAACAUGACUGGUAACAAUAUUCACACAAUUCGCUGGUCUAGUUCUGGUCGUAAAUUACAAGGAAACACCUUGUGAUGAUGUUCUGUGUUUUUCUACCCAGCACAUCUAGACAACUUCAAGAACUUGAACAGGAGAGGAAGAAAAUUGCUCAGCAACUCAAAGAAAAGGACUUGAAAUGCCAAGGUAAAGUUCUGUGGGUCUCUAAAAUAUUCUUUACCGUUUUCAGUGAAACACGAUGAUAUUCGAGAACCGGAUUCGUAAAGACGUCCCCAGAGCUCUGGAUCGCCGUUGAACUCUGAACCCCCACGUGAUGGAGUAGUCGAUUUUUACGUCACUAGGGGCUUCUGAGCACUGUUGUUAAAUUGUCUCGAGUCACAAUUCGUUGAUCGUAAUAUUUAUUUUAGUAAUAUUUAUUUUUGGCAAUAGCUACUUAAAACAACACAAAACCUCGUCCAGCAUUUCGCGCCAGUUUGAUAUCCAAAACCCGUUCGAAAUAGAAAGCUUGUCUCUUUUGUAGAGCUCCGGAAAACUCUACAGAAACAAGAGGAAGAAACGAAACAACGCGAAAAGAAUAUCGAAGAUCUACAGGAGAAAAACGACUCACUGAAAAGUAAUUUAGCCAAAGCCGAGAAGGAAAGGAAAGAGUUAUCGCAUAAGGUUGGUAUCGAUUUAUCUUCUUUAAAAUUGGGGAUAACCAGAUGUUAAAAUGAAGAUAAAAACGUGUUUAAGGCGAUGGAUCUCAGCUAAUUGCUUUCUUUUUAUACGUUUGCAUGUUCACAGCUCUCGUCGCUGGAACUGAUCUGCCGCCAACACGAAGACGUGAUAAAGAAGCGAGAAGCAACUGUCAAGGAAUUACAGUCUGAGCUGGAUCGACAGGCACAGAUUGCUGCGAUGAUUCACAACUUGAGUAGCGGAAAAGUUCCAUUAAAUAAUUUUGGUACCAAUUCAAGCUGACCUUUUUAUAACCGAUCCGCUUGCUAUCAAAGGGCCUGGAAAGCAGAACAUUUUACGAAGAAAGCGCACUAAAGGAAACUUAGAAGAGCCGUGUAUCUGUACAUAAUAAUCGUGAUCAUAAUUUAUUUUUAUUCUGUUAUGAUAUCUCCACAUGAGCUCUGCGAUCAAUCUUACCCACGUCAUUACUGAUGAUUUUCCAAAAUGAAGAGAAUCUCUCAUACAAUGAUCAGAUCAAUGUCAGUAUCUGAGCAACUCGGCACCCACCUCUCCCUUAACCCAACAACAGUCAAAUGAUAACAAAGUUAGGGUUAGGGGAGGGGUAGGUGCGUAGCUACUCAGUGACUGACAGUGAGCCCAAUGAUCAUGAAAUACGCCUUUAAAGAUGAAAAUGUGGUCAUUUUUAGUCAGAUUCAACAAACAGAACUAAAUUUGUAAUAUUUUAAGGAAGGAUGGAUUAAAGAUUCCUCCUGAGAAAGUGAAGGUUGCAGUUCCUCUGUUAGGGUACUGGUUGUCCGUAAGAUUUUCUUCAUAUUUUGAUUAGAACUGAUUAUUUGAGUUUGAGUUAGUGUUCAACCCUUUGACUCCUGAGAGUGAGUUCUCCUCACAACAUCACACCUGAAUCAAACAUCCAG